GGUUACACGGUAGAAAUACAACUGUUUUAUCACAUUUUAAUACCAUUCUGAUUAACUGGAUAUUUUGUCGUAAAAUCAAGCACCCACCCCAACAAACAUUGCCUUAGAUGAUAGCAACCCCACGAUAUACCCGGAUCAUGAGCACCGUAUUCAGGGACACAUAUGAUUCGCCGGCUGUGUUUACGGUACAAUUGUACCAGUGUGACCCUAUUUAAAGCGAAUUCACGGGGCAGUCAGCAGAAGGCAGCUAGCGCCUGACUCGCUCUGACGUUUCUACUACUGCUAUACACGGAGAUUCAAUAUAUAUACACACACUUGCUAUGCAAUGACACCGGAGUUUAACUGGUAUAAAGGGGGUUAUGUCUAUAAGUAAGCGACAAAAGGCAGCGCUUUAACUCUGUAUUUCUGAUUACAGUGCUAUGAAGAGAAGAGGAUAUGUGCUGGUCAUAUUAAAAUAAACUUAAGGAAAUUUCGGAAAAAUACCUCUUUGGAUGUAAUUGAAAACUUUAAUAAUUUAAUUUAUUAAAAAUCAACGAACUAUGGCAGAAUCCGUAAUACGACAAGUGGCCACUGGUGUGGGACGGACAGUGACAAAGUCAGGAGUAAGACGACGCCUAGUGAAACGAGGGUAGGGCUGUCUCCGAGGAUAUGGUCGGAACGUCCGGGGACACUCACCGCCAUCAAACUACACUGGCUGCAGUGCCAACACAGUUUGUGGGGGCAGAAUGUGAUAAAACGUCUGUGAAAACGCUGCAGGAUUUACCGGGGCCGAAGGGGCUGCCAGUGCUGGGAACAGCAUAUGAAUAUUUUAGAAAGGGCAACCGAGGACAGAUGCACAAGGUCCAGACAAAUUUUCACAAAAAGUACGGAAAGUUUUUCAAGGAAAGAUUGGGCCCAGUGACGAACGUGUCGAUCGCAGAUCCACGCCUGGUGGAGGAGAUCUGUCGGAAAGAGACCAAGCUUCCCCUCCGUCCUCCGUACGAAUCAUGGGUCCUCUACAAGAAGAUGCGAGGCCAGAACGCCGGGGUUUUAUCUGGCAUCGGAGAGGAAUGGAAAAAUGCAAGAAGCGUUUUAUCACAACGAAUGCUGAAACCAAAGGUUGUGUCUGAGUACACUGGUGUGAUGAACGAGGUUGCUGAUUCAUUCAUGGACAGAAUACGGCUUCUCCGAGAUACUAGUGACCAGUCCGGCUACAUCCCAGGCUUAGUUAACGAGCUCAACAAAUGGUCAACAGAAACAAUAGCGGCAGUACUUCUUGAGAAGCGACUGGGGUUUUACGACGAAAAUGUGCCAGCAGAUGCACAGGAAUUCAUAAACUCUGUGAUAAGCAUGUUUUUAACUGGCCAUCAGUUGAUGGUGUUCGCGAAUGUGCACAAGGCGCUGGGGACGAAAGUUUGGCGAGAACACGUUAGAUCAAUGGAUUCCAUAUAUAGAAUAGCCGAAACCCUGAUUGACGAAAAAUUGAAUGAGUCCAAACGGUUAGCGGAGUUAAGCCAUGAUGAAUUUGAAUCGGCUACGUCGAAAGGAUCCGCAUUUUUAGACUACCUCUUUGCAAGCAAAAAACUCUCGUUAGAAGACAUCAAAGUAAACACGACGGAAGUCCUUCUUGGCGCUGUCGAUACGGCAGCAAAUGCGCUGGGCUUUGCAAUGUGCCUUCUUGCUCAGAAUCCACGAGUACAGGAAAAGUUUCACCAAGAAGUACAGGAGCAGUAUGGCAAAGGAAAACAUGUUAAUUAUAACGAUUUGCAAGAAGCAAGUUACGUCAAAGCAAUCGUGAAAGAAACGCUAAGAAUAUAUCCAGUCCUUCCCAUUAACGCCCGGGUACUAACCGAGGACACUGUCAUCGGCAACCAUUUGCUUCCGAAAGGGACCUGCAUCCUUUUCAACAACUACACCAUGUACCAUGACGAGUCGUACUUUCCGGAUCACGACGAGUUCCGGCCUGAGAGGUGGAUGCGGAAGGGCCAUCAUAAAGAAUGGGAUCCCUUCACCACAGUUGUUUUCGGGUUUGGAGGAAGGAGUUGUCUUGGUAGGCGUGUAGCAGAACAAGAACUACAUAUAAGUCUUAUGAAACUUACACAGAAUUUCUGGCUCGAGCCAACAGGGGAAACAAUACAACCAACCCUACGGACGAUACUAACACAGAAGGAAAUCCCAGUCCGAUUCAUUGACCGGUAGACAUUGGCGGUAGUGAUUGGCGUUGGAAGGUGUGCCUGUUGCCUAUGAGGGAAAAAAACCCUGCAAAACACGGGACGACCAGGCAGUGCUCGCCAGUCUAUACAGCACUGUUAACACACCGUGGACGAUUACAUUCUUAGUGAAUUGUCAAGACAGAUGCUAUAUAUUGCCUGAGAAUAUCGAUGUACAAUGACAAUUUAAUAGACAGUUACAGACACCUUCCUUUACAAAUGGAAACUCCAUACGCGUAAAAGCAUUACUCUCUACAUGUGUUGAUAAGCAUUGGCAGCCAGUAAUCGUUUUCGUCUUUCUGCAAGAACAAUCAACUGGUGUCCAGAUCGGUGAGAUGGUACCCAAGGUCACCUCCACAUUUCUUUGACGCUGAUAAGGUGAUUACGUUUGCAUCAUAAUGGAUAUUUGAAUGGGUUCUGUCAGCAUCCGAGCUGUGCCGAGGCCCCUCGUCGAUUGAGUACCUGCCAGUGAAGGGGUUCUCAUCAAUGAGUGUUCCGGCAGACGAGACUGUCACAAGUUCGACGCUUCACAAUGUUGGUAAGAGUCUGUGAAUAGUUUCAUCAACAUAGACACGAGAAGUGUCUUUUUAGGCCGUCGCUAAUGGAACUGGAUGCACCAUUUUCGUGUGACUGGACAUGCUUGUUCAUUUCGGGUUUGACGGGUGAAUUAGGUCUGGAUUGACCAGAACUUUGUAUAUGUAUUUGAACAUUUCGUCACGGUAAAUCAUUAACAAUCCUUACUCCAUUGCUUCAACGUUUAUUUGAUAAGGCCUACUUACAUUUGACAUGAAGGUGUUAUAUGUGUGAAAUCAACUCCAGAUAAACGACAAAAGAGUGACGGAACAAUGUUACCGGUCUGACUGCUAAAUACUAAGUCCCAUUUUCAUAAAAAAAAAGCAGGGUAGUAUUGCACGUUUUGUGUUCGGAAAGCCUCUAGGCAUAUCACGACUGUCCUUAUGUCGCCAUGUUGUGCCUCUACUGCGGACUGAACACGGGUAUCAUGAAAUCAUCAAACAUAUCUUUCUUUUUAUGUAUCAGUGAUGUUAACUUUAGUUAGUUUUCGCCUAUGAGCGAUUCGUUUAUAACAGCAAUGCAAUGUGUACGGGAGGGUCACUUCCAUCGUAUUUUGUGGGUGUUUAUAUAUGUGAGGGAAUUGACUCUAAUGUGAUUUCGUGUGUAAAUGUUUGGGAUAAUACGCUCCAGAGUGUAUUGUGAUGUGUAAAUCCGCGAGAGGGUAAGUAUUAGCGUAUUUUGUGUUUCGUAAAUCCGCGACAGGGCAAGCUCCAUGGUAAUUUGUAAUAUGGAAAUGCCAGAGAGAGCAAGCUCUAGGGUGUUUUGCGAUGUGUGAAUCUACGAGAGAGCAGCUCCAGUGUGAUUUAGGAUGUAUGAUUCCGCGAGAGAGAGAGAGAGAGAGAGAUGGCAAGCUCCGGUGUGAUUUGUGAUGUAUGAUUCCGCGAGAGAGAGAGAGAUGGCAAGCUCCGGUGUGAUUUGUGAUGUAUGAUUCCGCGCGCGCGCGAGAGAGAGAGCAAACUCCAGUGUGAUGUGUGGUGUAUGAUUCCGCGAGAGAGAGAGAGAGAGAGAGAGAGAGAGAGAGAGAGAGAGAGAGAGCUCCAGUGUGAUUUGUGACGUAUGAUUCCGCGAGAGAGUAUAUGUCAUGGAGUCUUAUGAUUUGUAAAUACAUGUUUGUUAUAUGAUGUGAAGUGUAAAUACGUGUCCUAUAUUUAUUUUUAAUGAUUUUGUUGUAGUUGGUGAAGUUUUUCGUAUUAUUUAUUUCACAAAACAAUUUUCAGAAUGAACAUCUUAAGACGUCGACGCUCCCGUCAAUAUAACAAGACUUUAGCGUGUUUGUUUGUGGAAACGAUGUUUUCAAAUUCGGAAACUAUAUAAUGUAUAAGAAGGAAUUUAAUCGCUAUUAAUUUGAUAAUAUAUAUAUGGUUCCACUGCAUAAGUAUAAAGGAUUGUAUCUAUAAAAAAAGAAUAAAUAAUUCUCUAAGAUCCACCUUUAAAUUUCAUGUAAUAAAAAUGAAAUAACACCUAUUUUCAGCUGUGGCUUGGUUAUAACCGGACACUGGGGAAUGUGCAUCGUCUACAGAUGAAAUGUGAUGCCUCCUUUUUUGUAUAACAUACGAAUUUUGAAUGACUUUGUACGCUAUAUAAUUCCAUUCAAAUCCACAUUUCAACUAUGAAUUAGACCGUGAUAUUUGCUGGUGUUAUUUUCUUGGCGGUCUAGUUAUUACACUGAAGCUACAAAACUUAGCUCCGGUACUUCCUUACUGUUUCUGACAGGGAUUUGUGUUAUGAUAUGAACUAUCGUUAAACUAAUAAUUACCAGUCCUGACACCUGACGGAAUCUGACAUAUUCGAGUGUGUCUCAUCGUCUCGAUGAAGUUGAAAUAACAGAUUUAUUGAGUUAUAGACAUGCCUAUGUUAAAUUAAAAAGAAACUUUAAAAAUACAAUAGGUCACGAUGGUGAAGUUCACGUAAAGGUCCCAUUUAGGGACAAUGACGUUAUACUGUGUACGCACAGUGAACUUAUGUUAAGGCAAUAGUAUGCAUGUAAUAUACACUUGAUGUUAAGGCUUUUUAACAUAAGUAAUAUAUAUGUAAUAACGACUUGAUGUUAAUGCUAUAUAACGUGUAAAAAGACUUGAUUUUAAGACUUCAUUGCAUAUAUGUGAAAAACUUUACACGGUUGACUUAUAUCAAGACUAUAAUAUAUUACAUAUGUAAUAAAGACUUGUAUAGUGUACUACAUAUGUAAUAAAGACUUAUAGAGUAUAUUACAUAUGUAAUAAAGACUUAUAUAGUAUAUUACAUAUGUAAUAAAGACUUAUAUAGUGUAUUACAUAUGUAAUUAAGACUUAUAUAGUAUAUUACAUAUGUAAUAAAGACUUAUAUAGUGUAUUACAUAUGUAAUAAAGACUUAUAUAGUAUAUUACAUAUGUAAUAAAGACUUAUAUAGUGUAUUACAUAUGUAAUAAAGACUUGUAUAGUAUAUUACAUAUGUAAUAAAGACUUACAGUAAGGAUAUAGUAUAUUACACAUGUUGAUAUAAUGUUUAUAGUACAUGUAUAAUAAAACCUUAACCCUAAGUCGCCAUUACAUUGUGAUACCCAAGGGAAGCAGCACGUGGACGUCUGGACGAGACUCAAUGUGUUUUAACAACUUGUUAUUCCUUACUCGUGUUAACAAGUAACAUUAUUAUUAUUAUUUGUUGUAUCUGGUUGUUUGCAUAAUAGACUAUGUAAUGAGGUCACUAAUGUUAUAAGUACAAUGAUAUGUGGACGCAUCAGUGACUUGCGAAAUUGUUGAAUAAAAUAUAGGAAAUACUUAA